AUGUCGCGCAAUUUCUCUGAUAUCUUUGAUGAAAAGAGGUUUAUCAGUUCUCUUGCUGAUGAUAUAAAAAUCAUCAAGAAACUUCCCAAGAAUCUGGCUAAUGCAACCAAAAUGGUGAAGCAGUUCAAAAGCUGGUCUGGUAUAGAGUACUAUCAAAAAGAGAUUUCAGCCCUUUGGGAUGAUUUCAAAGUUAUUCAAGCUUCCAAAACCGAUUCUCGAUUAGCGAAUAACAAUCUACCUCUAGAUAUUCAAAAGCUUUGUUGUCGUGCUUGUUUUGAAGCUCUUCGUUUCUCUCCUCGCAUUGAAAAGAUGGGAAAAUUAUUGGUGGAGAGGAUGAGAUCAUUUGAACUACGAAUUAUCAGAGAGAAUACUACUUAUUGGAAAAGAAAGCAUAUUGAUCCUACUGAAGAGAGGUCUAAAGGGAAUUGUCCCUUAACUCCAAAGGAAGUUGGAAUUUUCCUUAGUGCUCUUGGAUAUCCUACAAGGACUCCUAUAUAUAUUGCUGCAGGGGAGAUAUAUGGGGGUGAGUCUCAUAUGACUGAACUGCGAUCGCGAUAUCCGUUUUUAAUGAGCAAGGAAAAGUUGGCAUCUAUUGACGAACUUGAACCAUUUUCAAAUCACGCAUCUCAAAUGGCUGCUCUUGACUAUAUUGUAUCUAUUGAAAGCGAUGUGUUUGUACAUUCUUACCCUGGAAACAUGGCACGGGUUGUUCAAGGUCAUCGUCGUUUUCUUGGGAAAGGAAGAAUCGUAUCUCUAUAUAGUGUUUGUUGUAAUGCUCAACUCAAGAUUUUGGGGUUCUUAAAACUUGGUUGGGUUGCAGGACUUCUACCAUUUCAUCCUGAUUUGCUAGGUUUGGUUCAGCAUUUCCUUCUACUUUUCUUGAGUGUUGUUGCAUCUGUUAUGGCUCUUCCAAGCCUUGAAACAUCAGGAAGGUUACUUUUACAUCUGAAUGAGGUCAACAGGACAUCUAGUUCUAAAAGAACCAAGAAGUCUAGCUAUAAAGUGGGAUCACUGGUUGAGGCAGAGAUUACUGACAUAAAAACUUUUGAGCUGGAACUGAAGUUUGGAUUUGGCUUACACGGCAGGGUUCACAUAACAGAGGUACAUGAUGCAAAUGAUUUGGAAAAUCCAUUUUCUGGCUACAAAAUUGGGCAAACAGUGACGGCAAGAAUAGUUUCAAAGCCUAAUGAUGCUGAUAGCAGCAGAAAUGGAUCACGGUGGGAGCUUUCAGUCCGACCUGAAAUGGUUACAGGUUCCAGUGACAUAGGAGACAAUAUAUCAGAGAAACUGGACUUUAAGAUUGGGCAAUGUGUGGCUGGUUAUAUAUAUAAAGUCGAAAGUGAAUGGGUCUGGUUAGCAGUUUCUCGAAAUGUUAAAGCUCAGCUACAUAUUCUUGAUAGUUCUACUGAACCCAAUGAGCUUGAGGAUUUCCAAAAUCGAUAUCAUGUUGGAAGACUUGUUUCUGGUCAUGUUCCGAGUUUCAGCUUGGAGAAGAAGCUCUUGCGGUUGGUUCUACGCCCCUUCUCUACUCUCCCUCUCAGAACUGAUGAAGAGCCACAAACUAACCUUGUGAAUAAGGAGUUGACAACACAUAUUCGUGAAGGAGAUAUUUUAGGAGGAAGGAUUAGUAAAAUACUUCCUGGUGUUGGAGGACUGCUUGUACAAAUUGGUCCUCAUACAUAUGGAAAAGUGCAUUUUACUGAACUUACAGAGAAAUGGGUGCCUGAUCCGUUGUCUGGAUAUCAUGAAGGGCAGUUUGUCAAAUCUGUUGUUCUUGAAGUUAGCAACACUGUCAGGGGAAAGUUCGAUGAUGCUUUGCAGAAGUAUAAGUUGGCCAAGGAAAACAUCAAAGAGAUUCCAUCUUUUCAAAGUAGAAAACUUCUUUUGGCAUGCUCACUUAACUUGAUGGCCUGCUACUUGAAGACAAGGCAGUAUGAUGAAUGCAUAAAAGAAGGCAUAUGUUGCUGUCGUACAGUGAAUCAAAACUAUGCAAAUAUUAUUUUGAUGCUUUUACGUCUCCGUCAGGCUUGUGAUCACCCACUUCUUGUUAAAGAAUACAAUUCUGAUCCUGUUGAUGGUAGACGUUCAUCUGAGUCUAGCUACCGUAUUGGAGAUAAUGGAACUUCAGGGGGGACAAAUUAG